GUCCGGUCUCCUUCGGUUGGUUUGACUCCCAAAGAGGGGACGCUCGAACAGAAUAGGAACUUGUUGUUUUUUAACAAAAGAUGGCUGCGCCAAUCUGUGUACGAACGGCAACCGUGCAUCGUCCUCAACGCGAAUUCUGAGGUUGCACUUGUCAUGUUCAUCCGUCAAAGAAACUGUUUAAAUUAGUAGACUCGGUGUAUUGUGAUUUCCACCAUAAACAGGGGACAAUGAUCUCAUCGAUUAUCAGUAGGAUUGUAAUAUUAGUCUUCGGCACUCUUUAUCCCGCUUAUGCUUCGUACAAGGCUGUGAAAACCAAAAACGCCAGGGAAUAUGUGAAAUGGAUGAUGUACUGGAUAGUAUUCGCUUUCUUCACUUGCACCGAAACGUUCACAGAUAUAUUCCUUAGUUGGUUCCCGUUUUAUUACGAAAUAAAAAUACUUCUUGUGAUAUGGCUGCUUUCGCCCGCGACAAACGGUUCCAGUAUCCUAUAUAGAAAAUUCGUCCACCCUACUCUGAGCAAACGGGAAGAGGAAAUCGAUGAAUACAUCGAAAGGGCCAAAGUGCAAAGCUAUCGGCAGGUGCUCGAUCUGGGGUCCAAGGGUGUGACAGUGCUCAUGCAGACCGCUAUAAAGGGCGGCGGCGGUAUUGUUAGCCAAAUAAAAAAGAGCUACAGCCUGAGCGACCUCAGCGAUCCCGCCGACGGUCGUGACGAGACCGAUGACGUCAUAGUGGCUGAUCCCAGGCUACUGCGCAGGCGUCACAACGGCCGGAGCCCGCAUCGGUCCAGUUCCGCUUCUUCCGCUGGCGUAUACUUCCAGGAGGUCGACAUGACUGCCAGGGUCAUUGGGGACGACAGGAUUGGCUCCGUCAGGUCCACCGAAGACAUAAGUUCAGGUUACUCUAGCGGAGAGUGCUUAAGCGGCACAGGACAACCGCUCAAACUGCAGGCCCGCGAAGGUCUCCAACGGACCAGCUCGCUGACCAGAACUCGCCCAACCAGAGUGACCAGGUCCAACAUGCCAAAGAAAUCCGCUGUAGCGAGUGAUGAGAGCGACGAAAACGAAGAAUUCGACACGAACAUUAUAUUCCUCGACGACCGGACCAGCUCCUCAGCCAGUGAGAACGAAUUCUUUGAUAGUGCCGGCGGUAACCUGUCCGUGCAUGGUAAUGCAUUGGAAGUCGAAACGCGAAAUAACUGUAGUAUUGUAACAACAGCAUGCGGUAAUCUUUUAUCCAAUUCGGAUCUAACCAAUACAACGCCUGUCUCCUCUGCGCAUGACAAGAGGUCUGAACUAAAACCUCGAAAUGACGAAGCUCCCGUUUCGCGCGUCGAUGACGUCAACGCGGAUCGAUUUCCAGAGAAGGAACACUUGUCGAAAAUAAUUCAAACGAAAACGAAAGAAAUUACCGACCUUAAAACCACGCAGACUUUCACAGUGCAAGAAACCGAAAUGAUUAGUAAUCAAGCCAAUCGAACGGAAACAAGGGGAGGAAGGUAUAACAAAAGGGCUGCCCCGCCUCCCCCUCAACCGUCGCCGAGUGCGAUCAAAGCGAAAUUGGUGCUACAGCCGGGUAUCGUCCGGAGUUUAAACAAAAGUAACGAGAGCAUCGACAAAGAGGUUUUCCUGCGUUCGCCAAACACUAGAAGGAAAAGCCGGAGCAGGAGCAAAAGCCCCGGGCCAUCCACGAGUGGGGGUAAUUCCUUAAGCAAGAUGCUCCGCUUUCCGAAGAAACUGACUCACCUUAACAUACCCGAUAAGUUGAUAGCGAAGCGGCAUUCUUGGAGUGACUUUUUUCAAGGGAAAAACCUGCACGAUACGAAGAGUCACUCCAAAAGCGCCAUCGACGUAGGUAGGACAGAGACUAAUGUCGUCCUCAGCGAAAGCCUAUCGAGACCGGUCAGUCAGAUGUCGAUACAAAAUUCAAGCGAUUCACCUUUGCAUCGCAGAAGAAUCAAAAUUAUUAGGAGAUACGUAGACGAAGAUAUCGAUUAGUGUGAAUGAUUAAAAAAGCAGGACCAAGCGAGUGCCACAUUGCCGCGUGUUAAGAAAACGAAGAAAAGAACGUUGUAGGGACUUGGUAAAAAAGCUUAUGUCCCUCCUUUGAGUUUAAACCAUCACUGUUGCAUUAUCGUUCCCGUCUAUUAAUUAACGCUAUCCCAAUAGUUAUCACAUGGUGAUCAAUCAACUAAUAGACAGAGCGGAGGAGUUUAUUUUAUAUGUGUGUUUUAUAAUAAUUAUGUAAUUAUUACAAUUAACUGUUGUUUUUGAAGUUUACACUUUCACUGUCUAGUUUAUUAUUGUAAGGGGGGCUCAAAUUCGUUGUAUUUUUGAAGUUUUCGCCAUUUCCCGCAGAGAUAACAGUAUAGUCCUUUUGCUUAUCCUUUUAAUUAUGUAAAAGUCAAAGUUUGCUUUUCUAUGUGCCUAAGACCCAUUUCCUUUUCGUUUCAUAUCAUGAUUUCUAGUAGUAGAGUAGCUCCGAUAGAAUUGAAAAUAAAUUGACGUGACUUGAUAUCUGUCAAAUUUUUAUGUAUUAUAUUAACGGCCUAAUGAUACUUGGUUGUUCUUUCCGCACAAAAACAUAAUUUGGUUUAUCAUACAUACCUUCUGAAAGGCAAAUUUUCAAAACUCUAUCGUAGCUCAAACACUCUGGACCACUGGACUGUUAUUUAUGUCUCUGUCAAAAAUACAGAGACCCUCCAAAAAACAUUGAAUCUUAGCCAUCCCUGUAUGUCUAAUUUGAUGGUUUGACUGUUUUCUAUAGAUUUUUUAUUACCGACUUUUAAACAGACAUUAUAUUUAUGUACUGUGAUGAUGUUGCCAGAUAAUUAGUAGAUAAAUAUGUGAUUGAUACUGGUCGUAAUGUUUAGUAUAUUAAGGGAUGGAAUUCCCACUAAUACCGUUCUCGAUUUGUUAUAAUUAAACUCGUUAUUGUUACCUAAUUGAAGACUUCUAUUGCAAAUUUAUGGCGAAUUAUUGUUCAUAAGUUUAAAAAUUUGGUUCACUUUUAGCUGACCCAAAAAUUGCGGCAUGGACAAAGUUAACACUGAAUUUUAAAUCGCAGCUCAAGUUAUGUUUUAAGAUUUUUAAUAAAUAAAAGAGUGUG